CCCCUUCAUUUUAUAGGAGGAGGAACUCUCUUCGCUUUCUCCUUUUCUCAGUUCCUCAAAGCGAAGCGACGACGCCAUUUCUCUCACUCCAAUCUCACCUCAAAAUUCCCUUCUCCUUCGUCGCUCGCUCCUACCUUCAGAUCUCCCACUGGUGAUGCAGGGGUUUCUUACAUGAUGUGGUUUCUAGUGUAAUAACUAGUAAAUAUGUCGUCUUCUUCUUCACAUAAUAUUGAGCUGGAGGCAGCUAAGUUCCUUCACAAGCUCAUUCAAGAUUCCAAAGAUGAACCUUCGAAGCUAGCCACAAAACUCUAUGUGAUACUGCAGCACAUGAAAACCAGCGGGAAGGAACACUCAAUGCCGUAUCAAGUCAUAUCAAGGGCCAUGGAGACCGUCGUCAAUCAACAUGGUCUUGACAUUGAGGCUUUGACGUCCUCACGUCUUCCUCAUGCUGGUGGUAGUACCCAAAUGGAAGAUUCUGGGUCUGCGCAUAUUGCUGGGUCUUCUCAAGUCGUUGGAGUUAGCAAUGAGCCCAAAGCAAGUCUAGUUGAAAACGAGAUGUCAAAAUAUGAUGCUUUCACUUCUGGUAGGCAGCUUGGUGGAUCAACCACUGCAUCACAAGCCGUUUACCAAGGGCCUGGAACCCGAAGUAAUAGAUCCUUCGACCAUGAGAGUCCGUCCAGCUUGGAUUCUAAGCCGGGAAAUGCCCAAUCUCACGAUAGGAGCGAGACAAUGAAUCAAAGAGAUGUCAAGUCAAAUGCAAAGAGAAAGAGGGGUGAAUCAUCGUUUUCGUGGGAUCAGAAUAUAGAUAAUUCUCAACAGUUUGAUACUCAUGGGACAGCCGAUGACCAGGCUAGAAAAAUGAGCAAAGUAGAAAUGCCGGCAGCAGGUGACGUUGAGAAUUUGCAUGUCGGGUUGUCAUCAGAUGCAUACACGACUCCUCAGGGUGGAUGGCAAAACAGUGAAAUCACAGCAAUCAGGCCUCCAGCUCAUAGAGAUACUGGAAAAUCUGUGGCAGCAGAGGAUGUUCCGCCUUCAGGUCAACUUUUCAAAGAGCAACAAUUGAAGCAGCUCAGAGCCCAGUGCCUUGUGUUCUUAGCUCUCAGAAAUGGAUUGAUGCCAAAGAAGCUGCACAUUGAUAUCGCCCUUGGAAAUGUCUUCCCCAAAGAUGAUGGUUUCCGCAGAGAACUCUUGGAUCAGAAAGGAAGAACACAUUCUCUUAGUGAAUCGGGUAGCAUUGGCGAAGCCUCAGCUCCAUCAGCAAGAAUGGAUAAUCCUACCGGAAGAUUGGCUGAAAUGGACUUCUCAUCAAAAGAAACAGUGAUUCCACGUUUGGAGGACAAAACCUCAAAUGCUAUAUUUCCUGAUGGACAAAAGCUUCUUCUGCAGUCUAACACUCCAGAUGCUCCAGCGCAAAAUCAGGUUUCUACUAGUCAUUCUGAGCUGGCUUCUUCUUCAGGAGGUGUAGCCAAACACGCACCGGUAGAGAUGGUGGGGUGGGUUGGAACUAUUAACCGUAAUGAUGCUUCAACUUUUGAAUCAGACGAAUUAUGUGCUCCAGAUGAAGAGGAAGGUAACAUGCAACCGCCGCCUAAGUACACCAUGUCACAGAAGUGGAUUAUGGAUCGACAGAAUAAGAGACUUUUGGUUGAUCGGAGUUGGAGUCUUAAACAGCAGAAAGUAGACCAGGCAAUUGGUGCACGGUUCAAUGAGUUGAAGGAAUCUGUUACUUCGUCGGAGGAUAUAUCUACAAAGACCAAGAGUGUAAUAGAACUGAAAAAGCUUCAGCUGUUAAAUCUGCAACGUCGUUUGAGAAGUGAGUUUCUUUACAACUUCUUCAAACCUAUUGGAAACGAUGUUGAGAACCUAAAGUCAUAUAAAAAACAUAAGCAUGGCCGGCGGAUUAGACAGCUUGAGAAGUAUGAGCAGAAGAUGAAGGAAGAGCGACAGAGGAGAAUUCGUGAGAGGCAGAAGGAGUUCUUUGGGGAGAUAGAAGUUCACAAGGAAAGGCUUGAUGACUUAUCCAAAGCUAGGAGAGAAAGGUGGAAGGGCUUCAAUAGAUAUGUAAAGGAGUUCCACAAAAGAAAGGAACGUUUUCAUCGUGAAAAGGUUGACAAAAUUCAACGGGAGAAGAUUAAUUUGUUAAAGAUUAAUGAUGUGGAGGGUUAUCUUCGUAUGGUGAAGGAUGCAAAGUCAGACAGAGUAAUGCAACUACUCAAAGAGACAGAAAAGUACCUUCAAAAGCUUGGAUCCAAGUUAAAGGAGGCAAAAUCUUUGGCCAGUCGAUUUGAGAAUGAGGCAGAUGAGGCACCUGUUGAGGAUAAAAUUGAAAAUGAUGAUGAGAGUGACCAGGCAAAGCACUACCUGGAAAGCAAUGAAAAAUACUACUUGAUGGCUCACAGCAUAAAAGAAAAUAUUAACGAGCAGCCAGCUUCCCUAAAGGGUGGAAAAUUAAGGGAGUACCAAAUGAAUGGCCUAAGGUGGCUUCUUUCCCUGUACAACAAUCAUUUAAAUGGCAUUCUAGCUGAUGAGAUGGGCCUCGGAAAAACUGUUCAGGUUAUUUCGUUGAUUUGCUAUCUGAUGGACACAAAAAAUGAUAGAGGUCCCUUCUUGGUUGUUGUACCAUCCUCUGUGCUGCCUGGCUGGGUGUCAGAAAUUAACUUUUGGGCCCCUACAAUUCAGAAAAUUGUCUAUUGUGGCCCUCCGGAGGAGAGGCGCAAGCUCUUCAAGGAGCAAAUUGUUCAUCAGAAGUUCAAUGUGCUUCUGACAACAUAUGAAUAUCUAAUGAACAAGCACGAUAGGCCUAAAUUAAGCAAGAUCCUUUGGCAUUACAUUAUUAUUGACGAAGGACAUCGCAUAAAGAAUGCAUCUUGCAAGUUAAAUGCGGACCUGAAACACUACAAUAGUUCCCACCGACUCCUGUUAACUGGGACGCCAUUGCAGAACAACCUGGAAGAAUUGUGGGCGCUGCUUAAUUUCCUGUUGCCUAAUAUAUUCAACUCGUCAGAAGACUUCUCACAGUGGUUUAACAAACCAUUUCAAAGUAAUGGAGAUAAUUCUGCUGAAGAGGCGUUGCUAUCAGAAGAGGAGAAUCUGCUGAUUAUCAAUCGUCUUCACCAAGUUCUUAGACCAUUCGUGUUACGGCGGCUGAAACAUAAGGUUGAGAAUGAACUUCCUGAAAAGAUAGAGAGACUCAUACGGUGCGAGGCUUCUGCAUAUCAGAAGCUGUUGAUGAAGAGGGUUGAGGAUAAUCUGGGCUCGCUUGGAAACAUGAAGUCGCGUGCAGUGCACAACUCAGUGAUGGAGCUUCGGAAUAUUUGCAAUCAUCCAUAUCUCAGCCAACUUCAUACAGAGGAGGUGAAUAGCUUAAUUCCUGAGCAUUAUCUGCCUCCGGUAAUAAGACUCUGUGGGAAGCUUGAGAUGUUGGACCGGCUCUUGCCCAAACUCAAAGCAACAGACCAUCGGGUUCUCUUCUUUUCAACAAUGACGAGGCUUCUUGAUGUUAUGGAGGAUUACCUCACCUUCAAGGGAUACAAAUACCUUAGGUUAGAUGGGCACACAUCUGGGGGUGAUCGCGGUGCUCUUAUUGACGGAUUUAACAAGUCUGAUUCACCAUAUUUCAUCUUUUUGUUGAGCAUCCGGGCUGGUGGAGUAGGAGUUAAUCUUCAAGCUGCUGAUACCGUGAUAAUAUUUGACACCGACUGGAAUCCUCAGGUUGAUCUACAAGCUCAAGCAAGGGCUCACAGGAUUGGCCAGAAAAGAGAUGUUCUAGUUCUUCGUUUUGAAACGGUCAAUACUGUUGAGGAGCAAGUUAGAGCUUCAGCCGAACAUAAGCUUGGAGUUGCUAACCAGAGUAUAACUGCUGGCUUCUUCGACAAUAACACAAGCGCUGAAGAUCGUAAGGAAUAUUUGGAAUCCCUAUUACGUGAGUCAAAGAAAGAGGAGGCUGCUCCAGUGUUGGACGAUGAUGCCCUAAAUGAUAUUAUAGCCCGAAGGGAGUCGGAGAUUGAUAUUUUUGAAUCCAUCGAUAAUCAAAGAAAAGAAGAUGAGAUGGAAACCUGGAAGAGCCUGGUACAUGGGUCAGGGUCAAAAAGUUCUGCACCGAUACCACCUAUCCCCUCUCGUCUUGUUACUGAGGAUGACUUAAAACUGCUCUAUGAAGCAAUGAAAAUGAAUAAUGUCCCGAUGGUUGCAGUAGAGUCAAAUGUUGGCAUGAAGCGGAAGGGUGGUUCGGUAGGAGGCUUGGAUACUCAGCAGUAUGGAAGAGGCAAACGCGCAAGAGAGGUUCGAUCUUAUGAAGAGCAACUGACAGAGGAGGAGUUUGAAAAGUUGUGCCAGACUGAGCCAACCGAUUCUCCCAGAGGCAAUGAAGAAGGAAGUGAGAAGAGCUUGCCAAUUGCUACAUCAAAUAUUCUGGGUGGAAUCACUGGUGAAACGAGUUUGGCAAAUGAUAAAGUAGAUAUUCUGGCUGGAAACACUAGUGAAAAGAGUUCUGCAAAUGAUAAAGUAGAUAAUCUGCCUGGAAGCACUAGUGACACAGUCCUCCCCACAUCUACGGCAUUGGCACCGACUCCACAAUCCGUGGAACCUCUACCGAAAUUACAGCAGCCACUGAAAGAAGUAACAGAACCUGUAAAACGGGGACGUGGCAGGCCAAAAAGAGCUGAUAAAACGCCGACUCAAUUAUCUGCAUCAGUUGCAGGCAGGACACAUGCGACAGUGGAUGCCAGAUCACCUUCAGUUAUUGGUUCCGAUGUUACCUCUGGAAGUCUUACUUCCCCUGAUUUAUCUGUUCCGCCUGGUUUUCAACCACUUCCAGCUUCCAGUUCUCCCGCAAUGCCAACGAGAGGUCGGGGCAGGGGAAGAGGCAGGGGACGUGGCGCGGGAAGAGGAAGGAGAGUGGAAAAUAUGUUGCAUGGCGCUGACAGUUCCAUAGGUACUCAGAGAACUAAUGCCCGAGCAUCUCUUUCUGGUGAUCCUGUAGCGUCCAAUUUAGCAACUCUUCCCGUCUCUUUGGUUGAUAUUGAUACAAAAGUCCCUAAGCCUAUUAAAGGAAGUAGUUCUAAUCUUGAGUCGGGGCCUUCCAUACAUUCUGUUACCACUGCGCUGCAGCCCUCUCCUACUGUCUCCCUACCAGAAAGUAGCCUGCUAGAUGCACCUCCUGGUUUUGGUUCUGGAUCACAUGUUCAGCCGCUAAAUGUAUCGGAGGAUUCCUUGGUAAAAAAGGCAGCUGCUAUAAAGAGCAAGCCUGCUGUUCCAGAUGUUAGAAAUAACCAGGGUUCAGGAGUUCUAAAACAGCCAGUUAACAUACCAAGCUCUGCUGCUUUAGGCCCAGGUCAAAGUCAGACAACUGCACCUUUAAGUGCUAAUCAGCCAUUGAGUCCCCACCUUGUUGGUUCUACAGUUGAAGCUCAAGGCGCCAGUGUUCUUUCUCCUCCUGCACCCAUGCCUGUGAAGAGGCAAGGUCGGAAGACGCCAAACAGAGGAGAUACUCCUAGACGGCGAGGAAGGAGACAUGCUCAAGCUUCACCCGCUGCUGAUGGCUCUUCUGCACGGAGUACAGUAUCAACACCACAAACUGAGGUCAAGGUUGGUGAUUCAUCAGGAUCCAAAGUUACAUCAGUUGGUGACGCUGUUGUCCAAGAACAACCCCAUUUCAACCCGUCAGUUGCACACUCGUCUGCCAGUACAAGUCAGGAAAAAAGGAAAGAAAUAUUAGGUACUGGUGGUUCUGGAAGGAAACAAACUGCUGAUGUGACUGAUGUUGCUCGUGUCAUGAAAGAGAUAUUUUCAGAAACUUCCCUGUUAAAGCAUAAAGUUGGGGAGCCUUCUGAAACAACGGUAACAAAUGAGCCAGAUGGAAAAUCCCCGGAAAUGAUGAAUAUGCACAUAGCUAAGACCAGCAAGGCAGAGAAUAUAAUCCAACCUGCCGAUCAAAACUUGGGAGUAGAAACAACCAGUUCCAGUGUUUCAGUCGGAAAGCAAAAGUCAGAGUCUUCAGUCAUGGUUGAUAAGAUCAUUAAGACUUCAUCUGAUAUUGAGGCUUCUGUUUCUAACUCUGAUGAUAUAACACUCCAAGGUGCUAUGCUCGUUGACUCGGAACGUCCUGUGGGUAGAGAGUUGGUUGAGUCGGAACAGAAAGUUGCAGCAUCAACUGAUCCAAACGUACAAAUGGCAGCAUCUGUUCCCAAUGAUACAGAAGAAAAGAAAAUUUGUGGUUCUUCUAUGCUGGUCGAUGAAAUUGUAAAACCUUCAGCUGGAUCCAAGUCUCCUGUUGAUCAGUCUGAUGAUACUUCAGCUCAAUGCACUGUCCCCGUUGAUUCUAAAAGCCCUGUUGACGAGGAUUUGCUUGAGAUAAACAAAGAAAGUCAACCAUCGGAGCCUCAGAACGAUGGUAGUGUGCAAAGCUUACCAACUCCUAAUGCUGAUUUCGCUGAGGUUCCUAAUAAACAGGCAGGGCAAUCUGGUUGUGUUGUGGAAGAUUCGGAAAUGCCUUCAGCAUCUAAUGAACAUGGUUCUCCAGAGAAACCUGAGUCGCCUGAAAUCCAUAAAUCUAGCGGUGCUGAUUUGGAUUGUCGCAUUACUCCUACAAAUUCCUCUGAAAUUGGUGGUGGCAGCAACUUUUCUGGAACUCGUACGAAGUUACCUGAAAACUUGAAUGAUUCUGUGACUAAAAGCUGUUUGGAGAUGAGUGCUUCCAUAUCUGAAAAAGUUCAAGAGAACGAGUUUCUGACACCUAACUCCGAUGAUCUGAAGUGUGUCCUUGAUCCUGAGGCAAAGGAUGCCGUAGAUGUGAAGUCUCAGUUGUGUGAUACGGCUGCAAAAACAAGCCUGCAUUUAAAUCCUACUAAUUCCAGUGAUGCUGUUUCUUCCGAAAAGACUGAAAUAGUUUCUGUAGGCGAUACAUCGAGUUGUCCACCUAAUAUUUCGACUGAGGGAGCUCUUGCGGACCAGAUUAUGACUGGAGAGACUUCUUGUGGUGUUAUCAUUCCCGGAUCAAUCUCAGAUGUUGCUCACACUGGGUCUGGUGGUCCGAUUGGAUUGGUUACUGACAAAGAUGGUGGCACUGAGUUGUUUGUGGAUGCUGGGAAUGACCUUCUCAAGAUUCCUGGUGUUGAAGCGGAUUCUUCUAUUGUACAACCGUCGCCUGGAGAUGUUUUACCUGAUGCUGUUGCAUCAUUAGAAACUACAGAACCUUUGCCAACAGAACAGCAAGAAACAAGUCUAUCUAUUGAUGUUAAGGGUGAAGAAAUCGAUGGUGACGAAAAAGGAACUACCCCCUUGAUUCCUGUAGAACAGAUGAAUAUGCAGCCCACGGUUGGGUCUCAUGAGCUUAAGACAAGUUAUGAGGAAUCUCAAGGAUCUCCAAUGAGGAUUGAUGAAAUUUCACAUGUGGAUGGCAAAUCUUUCGAUACUACAAAUCAGACGGGUAAAGAGGUCGAAGCAAAAAGUCAAAAAGGUGAGAGUCCGGACGAUCAGAUUUCCAAUGUUGGACCAAGUUCGGCUUCAAUCCAAUUAUCGAUGCCGCACACUGAUGGACUAAAGACCCACACUAGCAAUAAGAACUCUAUUUCACUUGUUCAUGAAGAUUAUGGUAGUCCUCUAUCUGAUUCUGCUAAUGCAGAACAGGAUUCUGGAGAAUCUGCUUCGGUUCUAGGAGAAGCUAGUACCGCUGACACAGAGAUGGUGGAGGCAUCAGUUCAAUUACCUAUCUCUGCCGAGCAAGUAGCAGUAGGUACAGACUCCCCUUCGUGUCAACCAGUGAUAGAGGAAGAAAAGGCCGAGAAUCCAUCGGACGAGAGAAACAUGAUUGAUGGUGAAGCCAGCGGUAUAAAUCCUUCGGUUCAGCCAGAGGAUUUGUCCAGCAGCCUAAUUGAAACUGAGGAGCCUGCACAGAUGGGAGAAGUUAGUGAUGCAAGUGACCAUGCUGAAGAUAAUGUCGCCCUUAGUGUCUUGGGGGAAAAAGAAGAAACAAAUGAUCAACGAGAGCGGGACGAGACUAAGGCCGAUAACCCAUCGGACGAGAAAUACAACGAGCCUAAGGCCGAUAACCCAUCGGACGAGAAAUACAUGAUUGAUGGUGAAGCUAGCGGUGUGAAUGCUUCGGUUCAGCCAGAGGAUUUGUCCACGAAUCUAGUUGAAACUGAGGAGCCUGCACAGGUGGUUAAAGUGGGUGAUGCAAGUGACCAUUCUGAGAAUGUGGCCGUUAGUGUCUUGGGAGAAAUAGAAGAAUCAAAGGAUCAGCAAGAGCAUUCGUCUAUCGCAUUAAGUUCAGAGGAAGAGAACAAGGCUGAGAAUCCAUCGGAUGAUAGAGACAUGAUUGAUGGUGAUGCCAGCGGUAUAAAUGUUUUGGCUCUGCCAGAGGAUUUGUCCAUGAAUCUAGUUGAAACUGAGGAGCCCACACCUGUAUGGGAAGUUGGUAAUGCAAGCGACCAGUCUGAAGAUAAGGAAAAAGAAGAAUCAAAUGAUCAAGGAGAGGACUUGCCUGCAGCAUUAAAUUCAGAGGAAGAGACUAAGGCCGAGAACCCACAAGACGAGGGAAACAUGAUUGAUGGUGAAGCCAGCGGUAUAAAUGUUUCGGUUCAGCCAGAGGAUUUGUCCAGGAAUCUAGUUGAAACUGAGGAGCCCACACAAACGGGGGAAGUUGGUAAUGCUAGCGACCUGUUUGAAGAUAACGUGGCCAUUGGUGUCUUGGAUGAAAAAGAAGAAUCAAAGGAUCAACGGGAGCCUUCGUCUUCAGCAUUAAGUUCAGAGGAAGAGAACAAAGCUGAGAACCCAUCGGACGAUACAGACAUGAUUGAUUGUGAAGCCAGCGGUAUAAAUCUUUCAGUUGAGCCAGAGGAUCUGUCCCGGAAUUUAGUUGAAACUGAGGAGUCCACACAGAUGAGGGAAGUUGGUAAAGCAGGCGACAAGUCUGAAGAUAAUGUGGCCUUGGAGGAGAAAGAAGAAUCAAAGGAUCAAAAAGAGCUUUUGUCUUCAGCCUUAGGUUCUGAGGAAGAGACUAAGGCCGAGAACCCACAGGAAGAGAUAGACAUGACCGAAGAUGAAGCCAGCGGUAUUAAUGUUUCGGUUCAGCCAGAGGAUUUGUCCAUGAAUCUAGUUGAAACUGAGGAGCCCACACAGAUGGAGGAAGUUGGUAAUGCAAGCGGCCAGUCUGAAGAUAGUGUGGCCAUUGGUGUCUUGGAGGAAAAAGAAGAACCAAAGGGUCAAGAAGAGCAUUUACUUUCAGCCUUAAGUUCAGAGGAAGAGAACAAGGCUGAGAACCCAUCAGACGAUGGAGACAUGAUUGAUGGUGAAGCCAGCGAUAUAAAUGUUUCGACUCAGCUAGAGAAUAUGUCCACAAAUCUAGAUGAAACUACGGAGGCCACACAGAUGGGGGAAGUUGGUAAUGCAAGUAACAGUUCCGAAGAUAAUGCGACUCUCGGCGUCUUGGAGGAGAAAGAAGAAUCAAAGGAGCAACAAGAGAAUGCGGAAAGCUUGCCAACGGAGGAUCCAACAGUUGGUGGUUUAGACGAACCGGAGCCCAAGUGCUCUGUCUCAGAAUCUGACACCAAGGGAGAUGGUAAGAAUAGUGUUGGAAGUAGCGAAUCAGCUGACUUGGAUUCAGAGGCACCGCCAGAAUCAGUAAACUCCAUUCCUGCUGCUAUUGAAGCGAGUUCAGAACCAUCAAAUUCCUUGGUCUCCGAGGAGAGCAAAUUAGAGGAGUUAAAAGACGUUGCAGACGUUUAGUUUACUUCAUCUGGAUUAAGGUGUACAAGUAUAAUAUCUGAGAUCAGUAAACUCAAAAUAAGUAUUUUUAGUCAUAUGGUGUUGUUAGCAGCAUGUUAGCCGCGGAUCGAGGUGCUUGUUGUAUCACCCAAGGAUCAUAGUUCCAAACUUCCAAUGCAUGUAAAAAACGGCCUAUUAACAACUUAUAAAUCUACCAAUCCCGUCUA